CGCCACGACGCUGAGCGUACUCAACCCUCGGUUGUCCGUAGAAUAAAAUGGACGCUUCGAGCGUCGAGACGUCGACUACGCCGGUAACGCCGCGUCUGUCGGUUGGGCGUCGCUCGUCGCGCGGUAAUCAGUAGAGCGACGUCCGUUUUGGUUAGUUUUUGAUGAUAACGGUGUUUUCGUUCGGUGGAUUCGGUAUCAGCAUGACGUCGGACGAAAAGGAUUACAAGGAGAAGCUGAUUGCUGGCGUCAAAAAAGAGGUUAAGCAGGUUAUGGAGGAAUCUGUCACCAGGAAAUUUGUACACGAGGACAGUGGCUCAGUGACGGCUUUGUGUGGGGCGGUUGAAAAUUGUCUGUCGCAAGGUCUUCGAAGGAGAGCUUUGGGCCUAUUCAAAACCUCCUCUACUACCGCACUCCUGCAUAAAAUUGCCAAGCAUUGUCCCGAAGCCAACCGCAUCAGCAAAAAAGUCCAAGAGAUCGAGAACUCUGACCCCAACAGACGAUCCAGCAGCAGUAGCGACAGCUUAACCAAACCCACGCUGAAGAAAAACCUUUCGUUUUCGGCCAAUCCUUUACCGAAAUAUCUCUGGAUCAGGGUCGCGCUCUUCGACAAGCAGUUGUCCAAAAUCAUAGAUUUCUUAGUGUCAAACGCCCCGAAGUAUUACGAUAAAGACGCCCUAGUUGCCGAUCCGGAUUACGGCACCAUUUUAAGCUCUUUGCUAGUUGGACCGUGCGCGUUGGAUUAUUCACGCACCAAGAGCGUCGAACAAUUCUGGACCGAUCCUCCGGCCGACGAGUUGGUUCAACGCCACAGGAUUUCGAGCGGUCAUUCCACGCCGCCCCCCGUGCGGCGACCGAUCCUCAAUUUCCGUAGGUCGUUGAACGCGUCCUCGGAGGACUCCAUGGUAUGCCGAACGUCCACGCAGCACAUCGCCAAAGACUACGUGGAGAGCCUCCACCAGAACUCCAAGGCGGCUUUACUCUUCGGCAAAAACAACGUGCUGGUUAUGCCGGUGAAGGAUGACGUCACGGAACCUAUUCCAGGGUAUCUCAGUUUGCAUCAAACACCAAGCGGCCUGACUAUCAAAUGGACCCCCAACCAACUAAUGAACGGGUAUACUGACGAGUCUCAAGAUAAAAGUAUUUAUUGGGAUUACGCUCUCCAAGUGCGCUUAGACGAGAUAGUUUACGUCCAUUGUCACCAGGACAACGAAGCUGGUGGUACGGUAAUAUUGGUAGGGCAAGACGGCGUUCAACGACCACCGAUACACUUUCCCAAGGGCGGCCACAUGUUGGCAUUCCUGAGUUGCCUGGAAACAGGCCUGCUGCCCAGGGGUCGGCUUGAUCCUCCGUUGUGGUCGCAACGGUCCGGCGCGAAUUCCUCUACAAAGCGGAGACGCCCUCUGCCGGCCCUUUCGGAAACGGAAGAGACCACCAAAGAUUACGUGUUUAGAAUUAUAGACAACAGUGAUCACAAAGACAUUCUAAAGAGAAAGGACUUGAUGGAUACCAAAGCGGCGUUGCCAACGAAAGUUAGGGUACAACUGUGUAGUACGAGUACCAGUUCAGAGAGCUCUUCGAAGAGUUUUAGUAUAGAUCAAAAUGUGCCCGACAGUCCCCCGAGUGUUUGCAUCCAGGCGGUCUGCGACUCUAUGAAGCGCCAAAUCAUAUCCAGAGCAUUUUACGGCUGGCUGGCGUAUUGUAGACACUUGUCCACCGUCAGGACCCACCUGAGUGGCUUAGUUAACAGCAAAAUCACCAGCGGAGAGAACGCAUCUGACGGUAAGUUCGAUACGCCAAUUUCGCGCUCAUUCAUGGUAAAAUUUUUAGGUAUUACUGUCGAAAAAUGGAAACAGCUCUGCGUCGACGGUGUGGUAUCGGACUACGCCGAAGUCUACCGGCACACUUACUUCGGGGGUAUAGCCAACGAGCUGAGAACCGAAAUAUGGCCAUAUUUGCUGGGGCAUUAUAAAUUCGGUAGCACUACCGAUCAGAGGAAGGAACUUGACGACGAGACCAAGCAGGCGUAUGAAAACACAAUGUCAGAGUGGUUGGCGGUGGAAGCUAUAGUACGUCAGAGGGAUAAGGAAAAUCAGGCCAACGCUAUAGCGAAACUCAGCAGCGAGAGCAUGUCUGGCGAACAAGUGCCUAACGAAAUCCACAGGGAUUUGAGCAACGAGGUGUUCGAAGAUGGCAUCACGGACGACGAAGAUUCGAUGUCCGACGUCGAGAAGGAUGAGAGCCCGAAAAAGCCCCAGAGGACGAAACAAAACACCAUCACGUACGACAGCGACGAAGAAGAACAUAUUGACGUUGAACUCGUGGAGACAGAAGAGACGAUCAAGCCCGAUGGGAUUGUUGACGAAAUCGAAAGCAACGUAGAAACGAACGAGGCGGACGAGGUGGAAAAUGAAACGGAAUUGAAAGAUUUCAUCCACAACGUCAUCGUGACCAACGCUUCUGUCGAUAUGGGAAAUUUGGGGAACGAGAGUUUGGUAAGAAACCAUUUGGACGCCGUCACUGAAGAGAACAAUUCUUCUCUUGACACUUGCGUCGAAACGCACGGAUUGGCCAGUCCUGCGAGGUCGGCAUGCGUUUCGCCGGCCAGUUCCAAUGGUGGAGUUUAUAGUCAAGAAUUGCUAAAAAACUUCGGAUUGAACCUGCAUCGCAUCGAGAAAGACGUCCAGAGAUGCGAUCGAAAUUAUUGGUACUUCGCAGGCGAAAAUCUCGACAAGCUUAGGAAUGUCAUGUGCACAUACGUCUGGGAGCAUCUAGACAUCGGUUAUAUGCAAGGCAUGUGCGACUUGGUAGCUCCUCUAUUGGUCACCUUCGACGACGAGUCCCUCACUUACGCGUGCUUCUGUCACCUGAUGGAGCGGAUGAUUGAAAAUUUUCCCAACGGGAACGCGAUGGAUUGCCACUUCGCGAACAUGAGAAGCUUGAUUCAGAUCCUGGACGCCGAAAUGUACGAGCAGAUGCACGCCCAUGGCGACUACACCCACUUCUAUUUCUGCUACAGGUGGUUUCUAUUGGAUUUCAAGCGCGAACUGAUUUACCCGGAUGUUUUCACGACUUGGGAAAUCAUCUGGGCCGCCCAACAGGUAGCCUCCAGUCACUUCGUGCUAUUUUUGGCCUUAGCUCUCCUAGAAACCUAUCGCGAUAUCAUUCUAUCGAACGGUAUGGACUUUACAGACAUUAUCAAGUUUUUCAACGAAAUGGCGGAGAGGCACGACGCCGCCACCAUAUUAAAACUAGCUCGCGAGCUGGUCCUUCAGCUUCAGCUCCUGAUAGAAAACAAGUAGGGACGAAGGAACUCCUUUAGGGCCCUUUAGAGGGCUAAGUCACCGUCAAAGGGUAGUGGCAGCACAAAUUUAGUCUAAUUUAGGCGUUGACUUUAUUUAGUUUGGAAUUUGGAUAUGGCGAAGUGUGUGUGUAUCGGUUUACACUGGGGCAAAAUUGCUUACUUUCAGUUUCAAUUAUUUCUUUGUAAAUUCUAUAUUAUUUUUUUUGUCAAUUUGACUCAUUAUGAAUAAUUGAACAUUUUGGGGUCCAUUCAAUUGAUGAUUGAUUGCGAAACCACAAGCUUAUUUCUAACAUAUAUUUCCCAAUUCCAAUAAUACCAAUUUUGUAAUGUUAUUAUUUUAGGGCGAGCAAACCUUCGCCUUAUCCAAAGUCAAAAUUUAAACAGUAAUUUUAGGAAAAUGAAAUAAAUUUCCAACUUAGAUUGUUUAGAAUUAAACAAAUCCUACCAAAAAAAAAAAAAAAAUGGAUACCAAAUCAAAAUGUUGCUACACUGUUAUUGUGUACGUAGUGGUCUGUUUAAUAGUGGCUGAUCAAUUAUCAAAAUAAAUAAGAACUAAAAGUUCAAAUUAUUAUAUAUUAUGACAUGAAAACACCGUGUCUUUGUCAAAUCAAAUCACAUUUGAUAAAGACGCGGUGUUGUCGAAAUAAUUGUCAUGUCAUAUUAUAAUUCCGUGAAAAUCUGAAGUUUUAGUUCUUAUUUAUUUUGAUAAAUGGAUUUUCAUCAAGUAAAAGCCACCUCAGUUCAAUUGGUGAUCAAUUAUCUCAGAGCCUGUAAAAAAUAUUUAAAAAAUGACAGACAAAAGUCACAUACUUUAAAAAUAAUAUAUUGUUAUAUAUACAAAUUUUUUUCGUCGUUUUUCGCCGUCAAAGCAUGGUUGCCAUUAAGCAAUGCUUUAUUGCUAAUAUUUCGAAAUCUACAACUUUUUCAAACAGGCGACGUUUUCCAGGAUACUCAAGAAAAACCUAAAACCUUGUCUGAGAACAAUUUAAGGAUAUAAAACGACGCAUAAAACCACAAUACGUGGAAGCAGAAUUAUCAGGGAUUACCCAAUCAGAAGUAUAUGUCAUAAAUCUUGCUAAAAAUUUCAAAACCUCUGGACCAGAUGACAUUUCGAGUUGGUUAAGAUGUCGAAAACCGAAAGAAUAGAGAUUCAUAAGCUAGCCUUAUGAAGCCUAAAAAUCAUCCAUAGAAGUGUGAGGAACAUAUGUGAGGAACAUAUAAAAGAAGCUGCAGUUGAUACAAAGGACAUAAACAUAAUUAGGGGUCUAAAAUCUGUAGUAAGGAUGGACAACGAACUAUCAAAUCGUAUUCUCGUGGAGUAAGACAAACCUGCUUGCUGUCAUCCCUUCUGUUCAAUUUGUACUCCGGGAAUGCAUUAGACAAAACCCAACACGGUUUAGGGUCGCUAAUAUCUUGAAUGGAUAAAUCAACUGAAGAAGAAGAAGAAGAAGAAAGUAGACCUUCUAUACUGAAAUCAACUCCAAAUUUAAAUUUGACAAAAUUGAAAAUAUGUCACAGUAAGACUAAAAUAUAUAGGAUAUUAUAUAUGAAACAUGUCUGGAAAGUUCUGAGGAAUUUGUAAAUACCGUAAUAUAUAGGGUGUUCUAUUUAAAAUAAGAAAGUUGUUACUUAUCUCUUUUGUCUCCAUUUUUUUUUUUGAAUAUUUUUUACAGAUUCUGAGAUAAUUCCAUAUUGAACAGGCCACCCCGUGCCCAUGUAUCAACUUGGUUACAGUGGAUUUGAAUAUUUGCAUAUUAAAUAAUCCUCAACCUGACGAGAUAGUAGCAUAACAACGUAUAUUUUGUACGAAGCCCCAACAAUCCCCCCAAAAAGGUGCCAAAAAAACACAACACAAAGUAAAAAUAAAUCAGCGGACAAAUUAGCCAGAAUAUAAAUAAAACAAAAUACAUAAUAUAUUAUAAUUGUUUUUAGAUGUGCUUGAUAUUUUUAUAAUCGUCGUUUUCGCAUGCGGCCACACUUCCUUCAUUUAGAAUCUUUAAGUGUAAAUAUGGGGGUCAUCGGGCCCCCGCAGAUGCGAAAAAUAUGGUUACACUAUCCGGUCUAUAUUUUUUUACGCCACUAUAUAUUACUUUUUAUCUCUACACAGUUAAUUUAUCACAUUAAAAUUUAAUACUGUUAUGUAGCUUCAGAUUUUAUAUUUACAUUUGUUAUAUAUCGUGAUUAUUUCAUACCUAUCUAUAUCGUUUAAACAGUACAUAUGCAUAUAUAUAUAUAUAUAUAUAUAUAUAUAUAUAUAUAUAUAUAUAUAUAUAUAUAUAUAUAUAUAUAUAUAUAUAUAUCACGCAACAAAUAUCUAUAUAUCGUAAAAAAUUUCUCACCCAAAAUGAAACUAUUUUUAUUAAUAAUUAAUUUUCGUAAUAAAGUUUAUUAUAAUAUCCAAUACAUUGAUUUGUUACGUAAUACAGGAUGUUCCGAACCACAUCGAGUCAGCGUAAAAUGAACGUCCUGUAGCGCGCAUAAGGCGUCAAAUUAUUUGCGAAAUGGUUGUGACCCUGUCUAUUCUUCAAAAAAAGAAAAAUGUUCCUAAACGCGAAAAAAUAAAUUGUAGGUUAUUUUGUUCGAAACGCACGGUGUAUGGUUACUACGUCAUUUUCAAAUUAAACAAAAGCGAAACGUUUUUCAAGCUUGCGCGUUGCGUUCCAGUCCACUUCGCGAUAAUUACGAGUGUGUUUUUUUAUUGUACAUUCCACAUAUCACCCCGAUUUGUUCUUCAGUGACACGUAUCGUAUUAUAUUAUAAUAAACAAUAGA